CUCAAAUGAACCUCACCGCUGACAAACUGCAAAAUGGGGCCCAUCCUGCAGGAGCGCGCAGCAUCCACGACAUUAAAGCGGGUUGUUUCCAACGAGAAGAUCCACAUAAAAGACACUGAAAAUAGCGGAUCAAACACUAGUUCAAAGAAACGUAAUAGGAUGAAGAAAGCUGUGGGCCAAGUGAAAAGUGGCCUGUCAGGACCAGGACAGGACCACAACAUCGUCGGAACAGUGCAGCGGGUGAAUGGUUCACAGCCGAAGAGUUUCAAGUUCAAAACUGGCACCUCUCGAAAUCCAAGCAAACUCCCAAGCCCCGCAGAAAAGCGAGAAGCGAAAUCUCAACUUGGCCAACAUUCGAGCGAGCAAAGAAAUGAGGAAAGGAGAAACCAUCAGCGAAUGUUACAAUGCAGCACUGAGCUACAGCAGAAUGAGGGCGGGAUGGGCAAGAAUCGACGAGCGCUCUCUCUCCCCCUCUCCCCAAUAUCAGGGCUUCGACACAUGCCCGGGCACCCCCUAACACAUUCCCCAGCCCCCAUACCAGAGCCCCUUCAGGACCCCUACAAGGUUGACGACAGCGACAGUGCUAGUGACCUGUCUGACUCUGAGCGACUGCCUGUUCUCCCAUCGCCUUGUACUCCUUGUACGCCCCCUCAUCUCAAUCUCCGAGCUGAGGUUAUUAACUCGAAUGACUUCCCACUGGACAUGCCGGGAACUCAUGUGAAUGUAGCUAAUGAUGGUGAGAGUGAGACACCCAUCCACUGUUACCCAGACUUUCUUCCUCCACCUUUCAACACCUGGAGCCUCAGACAGCUUGCAGUGUUUCUUUAUACAGAGGGUCGUGGUGCUCCCAGGCCUAAGCCGGUGGGGCCUUUGGAGAGAUUCUUGGAGAGAUUACUGCAGUUAGAGUGGCUCCAAAUUCAAACAGUUCAAGCUGAGAGCAGCCGCCCACCUGGGAGACACACAAGGCCUCUGGCCUCAUCUGGUCACUCACCUAGACCACACACAGCUCCAUCAUCUCGACUCAAUUCUCCAAAAGGGCCGCGGCACAGCCAGCGAGCCUUCCCGUGUGUCAUCAAUCCCCUGUCACCAUCCUCUGUUGCUGCCCAGUCCCGCCUCCCAGUUUGCCCCCAUUGUCACAUUCGCUACCCCUUGUGCAAUGGGAGUUGUUCUGCCUACGCCUAUCAGCGCCACUCGCGUCUUAGCCCACUGCUGGAACGUAGAACCCGACCAGCCGCACCCGUGAAGAGGAGUUGCAGCGAGACGCAAGAAGCCACCAAAGAGGCAAGUAGCCAAGGAGCACAAGGUAGAGAUGGAGCCCAGAUCCCAGUGAGUCCCUCAGCAUGCAAGAGCCAUCUUAAGCACAUGCAUGCAGCAGGAAACGCUCGAAAACAAUCCCAAGAAUUGGGAACAAGUGCAAACGGUAGAAGUCAGUUGAGGAAAAGUCGAAUCAGAACCACCUCUGAGACCGAUGUUAAGAAAGAACCGAGUGUGGUUAAAGCAGCUGGUUCUGAGAAACAUGUCUUAGGGGCAAGGAAGAAAGGCGCCAUCACCUCAAAGAAGUUAGAAGAUUGGCAGAGGACAGAUGCGGGAGGUCAGGCAUCUAAGACCGCCAUGAAAAGAACUGCUAAGGAGCCCCAGUCUCUUACUAAAGCGCCAUCUAAUGGUGGAAAAACAAAAAACGUCCAAUGUGCUGCAAAGUAACUUAAAGGUCUCUAGUGCUUUACUGUGGUCACUUUGGCACUGGAGUUUGAACCUAUGCUUGCUUUCUGUGUAGUACUAGUGUGUUAUAAUGUUAUACCUCUGUUCAAAUCACUUUCAUGAAGUACCAUAUAAUAAUAUAAGUUUCAAGCGCAGCAUCACAUAGAAGCGUAAAUAAAAUUAAAAUUGUCCACUAUGUACAGGAGGGAGUUAUUACGUCUCCUCUUCAAGAAACUGAGCUUCAUGCAAAUUGACCCAAACAACACUGCAUAGUUAUUUAUUGAUAUGCGACUAAUGUUUAAAAAAAAAAGGCAUGAAUGACAACUAGUUGCCAGCUUUCAAUUUAAGUAAUCUAUAGUCAAGGUUACCAGCUAUUGAAAUGCAUCAUUUUUGUCACUGGAUAAUGAUCAUGAAUCAUCAUUACUGAUACCAAUUUUAAUGUAGGAAUGUUUUAGUUGUUUGCUUGAUUUAUUUAUUGCUUGACCUUACUCUUUCGUGUGCCUCAUUUUAAGAUGUGCUUUGUGUUCUUGGCAUUCUUGUCUGAGAAGGCUUGCUAAUAUAUUGCAGCAUGCUGCAGGAAAGUGUGCUAAUUUCUCAUGUGCAGUUUCAUAUUUUGUUUCAAAAGGGCUUUGUGUGUUUUAAAGUGCAAAUGUGUUUAAAAUUGAACUUUCGCAUAGAGCUGAGCUCUGACGAAAUUAAACAUGUAAUGUAAUAUUUGCUAUGAAUGUAAAUGCAUAUUUUUCAAAAUUUUAUACACCAGUUAUAUUUAUGAAAUGUAUCAUUGGUAAUGUAUUUGUCAUUGUCAUCAUGUUUACAUGUCAUAUACAAAUAUUGAAUAAAAAAAAAUCUCAACACUACAAUGAUAGUGAGCCGAAUGAAACAAGCAAUACAGGACACGAGAUUUUAGAACAUAUUUUGUAAUUGUGUCUCGAGAAGUCUUGCGUUUGUAGUUACCAGAUUCAGUUAAGUGAAGUUACACAAAUGUAAACAUUAGUAAUAAGGACCUUGGUACGAAAACUAUGUGAAAUAUCAAUGCCAAAUAAAAGUGUGC